AUGUCGUUCCCUCCUCCCUCAGCGAAAAACGUCGAUUGGUCCAAGUUGAGCAUAGCCGUUACUGAUAUAGUAAAUGGCCAUGUCGAGUCGCGCUACAGCGUCGAGACCCAGAAAUGGAGCGAUCCCGUCUUCGUGAAAGAUCCAUACCUGCGAGUACACGGACUUGCACCAGCGUUCAACUAUGGGCAGCAAGCAUACGAAGGGUUGAAGGCAUACCGUAGCGCCAAGAAUGAAAUCCUGCUUUUCCGCCCAGACUUCCACGCCCGUCGCCUCUCCCACUCCAGCACAACUGUCUCCAUCCCGCCCAUUCCAGAAGAUCACGUCCAGCGCUGUGUCAGCUCUGCCGUGGCCAACAAUGCCGCUUUCGUGCCUCCGCACUCCUCUGGUGGCGCCCUUUACAUAAGGCCUGUCGUCUUUGGCACUGCACCGCACCUUGCCCUUACGUCGCCCUCUGAGUUCCUUCUCUGCGUCUAUGUGCAGCCGUUUGGGACUUAUCAUGGUACUGCGCCGUUAGAUGCGCUUAUCCUCGAGGGCUACGACCGCGCUGCGCCGCGGGGCACAGGAAACGCCAAGGUUGGCGGAAACUAUGCUCCGGCUAUUAAAUGGACAGAUGCGGCGCGUGCUGAGGGGUAUCCAGUGACUCUGCAUCUGGACAGCCAGACUCGGACUGAGGUCGAGGAGUUCUCGACGAGUGGGUUUGUAGGCGUGAAGAUCAAGGGCAAGGAGGAGAAGGUAACGCUGGUAUUGCCAGAUAGUAAGAACAUCAUCGAGAGCGUGACGUCCGAUAGCGUGGUCCAGAUUGCGCGGGGUUUGGGAUGGGACGUCCAGAUUCGAGCGAUCAAAUACCCUGAGCUUCCAGAGUUCAACGAGGUUCUAGCUUGUGGCACAGCUGCGGCACUCGUUCCCAUCCGCUCUAUUACAUGCAAGUCGGCUGGUGACAAAUUCCACUACGACGCCUCAACUGAUGGCAAGGAGGCUGGCGACGUUUGCAAGCAGCUCUUUGACCAUCUGAAUGGGGUGCAGCGAGGAGAUCGCGUAGACGAAUGGGGUUGGACCCGUACGAUUACUGAGGAGGAUCUGUUGGACGUUUAA